AUGAAUACAACCAAAUUUACAUUGCAAAACUAUGUUAGAUCUUGCAUUUUGAAGUCAAAAAAUUAAAAUCCAAUACGUUUGAUGCUCUAUCCUAACACAAAGUUUAUUGAUAUUAUUAAAUUAAUUCAGAUUGUUUGGAGACAAAAUGUAUAAUAAUUAAGACUUUUUUUAAUUGAUGGAACCGAAAUUGAAGAACAAGAUUUAAUUAAUAUUAAAUAAGGUACUAUUAUGUUUACUCAAUUGAAAAAUGAUGAAAAUGAAUUAACUAAUCUAAAGUUAGAUUAUGAUAUCAUCAAAAGAGUGGGGGAAGGUGGAUAAGGAGUUGUAUUUUUGGGAAAGCACAAAGGAACAAAAUAAUUAGUAGCCAUUAAGAAGAUAAAUGCAUCAAAUUAGUAAGAUUAAGCCUUGGAGACACUAGAAUAAGAAUCUCUAAUCUUAAAAUAAUUAGAUCAUCAAAAUAUAGUAAAAUUAUAUGAGAAAUUUGUCUGUUCAAAAUAGAAGGAAGUUAUUAUGAUUUUGGAGUAUUUAUAUGGUGGAUCAUUAUUAACAUAAGCUAAUUGUAUAGCUAUUUCUUAAUUCUAGCUAAAUUAACUGAAAUAGAAGCAAAACACUUUUCUCAUCAAUUAGUAGAUGCUAUUUCUUAUUGUCAUCAAAAAAAUAUUAUUCAUUGUGAUUUAAAAUUGGAAAAUAUUAUGCUAUCAUCUCUUUCUAAUAAAAAGGUAAUAAAUAAUAAUUAAUUAAUUAGAUUAAAAUAAUUGAUUUCGGAGUUUCUAAUUAUGCUGGACAACCUUUAGUUAAAGAAAAUGUUUUAGGUACUCUAUCCUAUUUGGCUCCAGAAGUAUUGUCUAAUUCAAUUAAAUACAUUUAACCUGGAUAAGAUAUUUGGGCUGUUGGAUGUAUAAUAUAUGGUUUAGUCUUUGGGAAACUUCCAUUUGAUGGUAACAGUACAUCAGAAACAUAUCGAAAUAUUCUAUAAUGUAAUUACUAGAUUCCAAAAAAAUGUGUUUCUAAAGAUAUAAUAAAUCUAUUGAGUUUAAUAUUCGUGGUUAAUCCAAAAGACAGAGCCAAUAUUUAUGAUAUUUAAUCUCAUAAUUGGUUUAAAGAAUAAUCAAAGAUAUUUAAAUUAAAUAUAAAUGGAGUUAAUCUUCGUAUAGGAAGAUCUUCUAGUGUUGUAAAGAUGUAAUCAUUAAGAAAAUCAAAUGAUGAAGAUUAAGGAUAAGUUAUGAGUCAAAGAAAAAUAGGUUGUAGUAGAAGAUCUGUUACUAGAUUGGAUAAAGUGUCCUUUUUAGUAAAAAAUAAAUGA